AUGCGAGCGGUCCUCUCCCUCCUCCUCCUCCUCGCGGCGUCGGUCCCCGCCGCGGCGUCGGCGCGCGGUUGGGAUCGCACGCGCGUGCCCCCGUGGGCCGCCCGGCGCGCGCGGAUGCGCGGGGGUACCCUGAAGAACGUCCUCUGCCUCGUCACCGACUGCGACAAGUCCAACCCGCUGCCCGAGCGAAGACCCGGCGGGCCCUACGCCCACUUUGGGCCAUACGAAACGACGCUCGUCGAGUUGGACGCGUCGCGGACAAUCAUGUACGGCUUCUCCGGCGCGCUCGUCGCGUGCCCGGUGGCGCGGGGGACCAGGGCGAUGCCCCUCCCGGGCGACCCCGCCGCGUUCAAAACUUCACACCACGGCAAAGGCGCCACCGUCCCCGGCUUGUCUUGGAGCUACGGCGGCGAAGGGGACUGCGCGGGCGUCGAGGGCAUCGCCAGCGCCGUCGACGGCUUCGGACCCGAGUGGUACGGCGAGCUGCCCGACUACGGGUACUGGCUCCCCGAACUCCUGGAGCACUUCGCGUCGUGGGGGGUGGUCACAGCGUGUCCGUUUCUACGCGGCGUUCCCGACGGAGCCGCCGGAGCGACCGCCACCGUCAACGCCGCGCGCAUGCUCGUAGACCUCCAGCCGUGCGGCCCCGGGGUCGUCGUCGACGCGGGGAAGCUCGGCGUGGCCGGGUACUCGCUCGGCGCGGGUCGCGCGGUGAGGGGCGCGGCGUCCGCGCCCGACGCCAUCGCCGCGGUGGUCGCGCUUCACACCUGGGAGCUGGCGCAAAACAACUACGAUGCCAGCGUCAAAGCGCCGCUCAUGCUGCUGAGCGGCACGGACGACACCAACGCACCGUUCGCGAACACGCUGAGGACGUACCGCGCGGCGCGUGGGCCGAAGAUCGUCGGGGCGUUGCGGGGGGGGAACCACUACACGUCGCCGAGAUUUUGGGUCGGGCCGACUACGGCGUUCUUGUUGACGCAUCUGGCGGGGGACGCGAGGGCGGAGAGGUACGCGUGGGGGGACGAGGGUUUGGGGUUCGGGAGCGAUAUCAUCACGUGGCAACGGAGGGACUGCGACUGGUGGAGGAGCAAGGAGGACGACGCGUGCAAGUCGUGA